UUGUAGGAGAAUCGGUUUCUUCGGACUCUGUGUGAAGCUGCACUUUGGGCGAAGGAAAUGGCGCCCGUCGUCACCAUGGUCAGGUGCAGAAGGGUUUACGGUUGCCAACCAGUCAAGUACCCUCGAAGUUGAUACGUAGGAUAUGUAACUGCCUCUCACUUACCGGGCUCAGCGGGCACAGAAAUAUGUUUUUAAGUGCAAAGAAACCCAGUUUGUGUCGGAUGUUGAAGACAUAACCGGAACACCGGACGCUGACAUUUGGGAACGUUGCUGCUGCUGUAGACCCCUCGCUGAGGAAUGGGCAAAGAGCUGAAACAAAGCAGGGCAGAGACAUUUGUACUGGCUGGAUCAAAUGGUCACAAUGGCCAACAAUGGCAGACUGGUCUGAGUAACUUCGAUCAUCUUCCCGACACUGACCACACGUCGAGGAUGUCCCGUGUUGCUUCGGACGUGAGGCACAAGUGUGCGGCCUAUGUGCUCGCUCUGAGGCCGUGGAGCUUCAGUGCCUCGCUCACACCGGUGGCCCUCGGCAGUGCCCUGGCGUACAAGCUGGAGGGCUCUGUGGAUUUGGUCAUCCUGAUGGUGUGCGCGGUUACCGUCCUCGUCGUCCACGGGGCAGGCAACCUCGUAAACACCUACUAUGACUUCUCCAAAGGGAUUGACCACAAGAAGAGUGACGAUAGGACUCUUGUGGAUGAGAUCUUGGCACCGCAGGAUGUUGUUAUGUUCGGAGCGUUGUUAUAUUCUUUGGGGUGCAUGUGUGUCACUCUGCUCUAUUUCCUGUCUACUCUUAGACUGGAGCAUUUAGCCCUUAUUUACUUUGGGGGACUGUCCAGCUCUUUUUUAUACACGGGAGGCAUCGGCCUCAAGUACGUGGCCCUGGGAGACGUGGUAAUCCUCAUCACCUUUGGCCCGCUAGCGGUCAUGUUUUCCCAUGCGGUGCAGGUGGGCUACCUGUCAGUGCUGCCACUGGUGUACGCCAUCCCGCUGGCCCUCAACACGGAAGCCAUCCUCCACAGCAACAACACCAGAGACAUGGACUCUGACAAGCAGGCGGGCAUCGUCACCCUGGCAAUCCUCGUCGGCCCCACGCUGUCCUACGUCCUCUACAACCUCCUUCUUUUCGUCCCCUACGUGCUCUUCUGCAUCCUCGCCACCCGUUACACCAUCAGCAUGGCGUUGCCCCUGCUCACGCUGCCCAUGGCCUUCCCACUGGAGAAGCAGUUCCGCAGCCGAUGCUACGCCAAGAUCCCCCAGAAGACGGCCAAGCUCAACCUCCUAAUGGGACUUUUCUACGUGUUCGGGAUAAUCCUGGCACCUCCUGGCAGCUUGCCGUCACUAUGAUUAAUUAGCUUUGAUAUUUCAUUUUUUUUAUUUAAUGCAGACUAGUUUAUGUACCUCUUUGUAUUUGUACAAAGCUAUCCGAUGGCUUUCACCGGUUUUAAUUUAUUGUCAUAUUUAUAUGUUGAACAGAGAUUUAGUUUAGGUCCUCCUCUGUGACACUGAAGGCAUAAUCGGAUGUAUUUCUUUCAGUGUUAGGCCUGCUGUAAUGUGUUGGUAAAAAUAAUGGCGUCAUUUUGUAAAGCUAGGCAACAUUGGCAUCAUCUAAGGACAAACCAUAAACCUCAAGUUGCCAUAUUUAUUGUUCUCCAAGACAUAACACACUUUGAUACCUAAAGACAUCAAUAAACCAUUAUUUUUGAUUUUCUCAACUGCUGCUUUAAUAUGCGUCAAAUGUUCCUUGUGUUUUUUCUUCUUCUUUGGAAAGCCAAAUAGUAUUUUGUUGGAUUGUAAUAAAACUCACUGAUGCUGAUUUCCCAUG